ACAGGCUGGAUUUGCAGAAGUGAGGCAGCCGCUGCUUUUCCAACCAAGCCAGUAAAGCCGCGGGGCUGGCAUCCUGCGUUGCCCAAGGGGAGGAUUAGCUGCGAGCAAGGAGCCGGCUCCUGCCUGGCCUUUAGGAUCUGGGGCUGAGACCCAAGCUUGGAGACCUUCCAGCUGGAAGAGGAGAAGGAGGUGGAAAAGAAGGAACCCGUCCUGCAGCAGGAGUGACCUGUUCCCUUGGCAGGAGGAGGAAUCUGCUCCCCAGCUUCCCCCCAGCCCUGCUGAAGGAAAGGGGAAGUGCUCGGGGAAGGUGCUCGGCCCCCGGGCGAGCUCUGCGGAGCACAGCAGCGCAGCCCAGGUGAUCUGCUCUGGAAAGGCUGAAAGCCCUCUGGCCACCAGCCCACGGCCACCCUUGACCCUGGCAGCAUCUUCAAAGGGAGCAUGGGGCUGCUGCGGAGCGUGCAAUGUUUGCUCACAGCCAGGGCCAGCAGCUGCUGCCUGCCUGCCUUGGGGGGUUUCGUCAGCCUCCUGCAGCGCUCCGGGGGACACCGCUCGGCCACUGCUGCUUGCACAAGGAACCCUCUCGUCAGGACUGCAGCCAUGGCCACCUCAGCGAGCUCCCACCUGAGCAAAGCCAUCAAGCACAUGUACAUGAAGCUGCCGCAGGGGGAGAAGGUGCAGGCCAUGUACAUCUGGAUCGACGGCACGGGGGAGCACCUCCGCUGCAAAACCCGCACGCUGGACCACGAGCCCAAGAGCCUGGAAGAUCUCCCUGAGUGGAAUUUCGAUGGCUCCAGCACCUACCAGUCCGAAGGCUCCAACAGUGACAUGUACCUGCGACCUGCUGCCAUGUUUCGGGACCCUUUCCGCAAGGAUCCCAACAAACUCGUUCUCUGUGAGGUCUUCAAAUACAACCGCCAGUCUGCAGAGUCAAAUCUCCGGCACACCUGCAGGAGGAUUAUGGACAUGGUGUCAAACCAGCACCCCUGGUUUGGGAUGGAGCAGGAGUACACUCUCCUGGGGACAGACGGACAUCCAUUUGGCUGGCCUUCCAAUGGCUUCCCUGGACCCCAAGGUCCGUAUUACUGCGGCGUAGGGGCAGACAAAGCCUAUGGCAGGGACAUUGUGGAGGCCCACUACCGGGCAUGCCUUUAUGCCGGCGUGAAAAUCGGAGGAACCAACGCAGAAGUGAUGCCAGCCCAGUGGGAGUUCCAGGUGGGACCAUGCGAGGGGAUUGAGAUGGGGGAUCACCUCUGGAUCGCGCGCUUCAUCCUGCACCGGGUGUGCGAGGACUUCGGGGUCGUGGUGUCCUUCGAUCCCAAACCCAUCCCUGGGAACUGGAACGGUGCUGGCUGCCACACCAACUUCAGCACCAAGAGCAUGAGGGAAGAAGGAGGUCUCAAGCACAUCGAGGAGGCCAUCGAGAAGCUGAGCAAGCGCCACCAGUACCACAUCCGUGCCUACGACCCCAAGGGGGGGCUGGACAAUGCCAGGCGCCUGACGGGCUUCCACGAGACGUCCAACAUCAACGAGUUCUCGGCCGGCGUGGCCAACCGCGGCGCCAGCAUCCGCAUCCCGCGCAACGUGGGCCACGAGAAGAAGGGCUACUUCGAGGACCGCCGGCCCUCGGCCAACUGCGACCCCUACGCCGUGACGGAGGCGCUGGUCCGCACGUGUCUCCUCAACGAAACCGGGGACGAGCCUUUUGAGUACAAGAACUAAGCAGACUGCGCCCCGCGGCCGCCGCCGCCGCCUCCCCCCGCGCUCCCCGCGCCCCUAAAGUUCCCUUCUAGCUGUAAUCCCGAGGGUACAAGAUAACAUGUUUCGUGUCUCAGUAACUCUUGUUGUCUUGAGGUGGGGAGGAGGGCAGGUUUAGUUUUAUCCGUGUCUGUUUGUCGUUGACUCUUCGGAAGACGAGAGGAGGACGGGGUGUUAGAGAACUUUUAACCACUGUUUAUUUUUUUUGUCUAAUUCAUGUGUACAUCCGAUGGGAUCCAGUGGCUUCCAGGAACAGACUGCACACGCAGAAAACCCGUAGGAGAGGAGAAAGCUUAAAACAGAGCCAGAUUUGGGGGGCCAGCCCUGCUGGUGGCUCUCUGCAGACUGAUGGCUGGCUGAGGUUGGUGCCUCUCUGUGGAGAAGGGAAGAUGGGAGCUGUGGUGACGGGAGCUGUGCGUGUGCUCCUGCCUGGAUGGGGACAUGAUGGGGACAUCGUCAUCCUCCGGCCACUCUGAGGUUUCUGGGAAUCUUCUGGCAUUGAGGAGAACUCCUGGUUCUGUCACUGGAAGUCAACCCAUCUCUGGCUCAUAACACAGAGUGAAGUAGUAUUUUUCUAUUUAAAUAUAAAAAC